AUGAGUCCACCUACCCAAGCCGCAUCUUCACCCUUAGACACAAUCAUCCCAUUCCAUUUCUGGGAUGACGUUCCUCAAAAUAGAGAAUUAUGCAUGAAUGUCACUCUCCGAUUCGACCGAAAACUCGAUUCCGAGCGACUUUACAAUUCUCUGACCCGUCUACUCGAGAUCGACAACUGGCGAAAACUCGGAGCUCGUCUAAGACUGGACAACUCGGGCAAAUUAGUUUAUCACCUCCCAUCAAAAUUCACCGAAGACCGACCUGGGUUCAUAUUCACAACCAAGAAACAUGAUGGCAGUAUCAAAGCCCAUCCUCUAGCAUCACAAAUGCCAUCUUCUACGCUGUUAAACAAACCCACCAAAGUAUGCAUACUAGACGGCAUGACCAGAUACUCUGCUCUCGUCCGCCACAAAUCAGCGCCAAGCAGUAUAGAGGAUUGGCUACAAACAGACAUUCCGCAGCUGGUCAUCCAUACAGUCCUCUUCAACGACGCAACGCUUCUUACAAUAACAUUCCAGCACACCCUCAUGGACGCAAUGGGCCUAUCUUCAUUUCUGCGUGCAUGGACGGCGGUUUUAUCAAACUGCGAAGAAGACAUUCCCCCGUUCCUCGGGUUCGAUGAGGAUAUCAUAGAAUCACAUAUCGAGCCCGUGUCCACUGAAAAGCAAGUAAUGGUGGGACAGACAAUGGCAGGAAUUUUAUUCGGACAGAUUUCGCUUCUGCUUUUCGCUCUCGCGGGGUGGUGGGAGAUGUUCUGGUUUCCGCGCGUCGAGGAUAGAGUUCUUCUUAUUCCUGGGGAAUAUGUGCGCGAGUUGAGAGAGAGGACAUUACAGGAGCUGAAUGAAGAUUAUAAGAAAAAUACAAACACAAGUAUCCAGAAUGAUGGGCAGGUCAAAGAUAAAGACAAACCUCGCCCAUUCGUCAGCGAAAGCGAUGUUCUUCUUGCUUGGCUCUCAACACUCCUCGUCACAGCACACAAUCCCAACCCAAGCACUCCAGUUCAGAUUUCGAAUAUCUUUGACAUUCGCUCUGCGCUUGCUCUUCCGUCUCCGGGCGUGUACAUCGGGAACGCGAUAAUGCCAUCGUAUGGAGAGUUCCAGGCACGCGAGUUUGGAGUCCGGAAUCACAGCACGGGUUUAGAUUACCGGUUAGGCUCUGUCGCUAUGAAGAUCCGCCAGGCACUAGAGACACAGCGCAUGAAGGAGCAGGUUUUUGCACGUACAGCGUUGCGGAAGAAGAUACUUCGCGAGAUGGGGUCUUUGCCGCUUAUUAGCCACGCUGGUCAGCUUGGUAUUUGCUGUACGAAUUGGCAGAGGGCUGGGUUUUUUGGUGUUGAUUUUGGGGGCGCGGUUGUUGGAGACCAGGUUGGGAAGGGGUUUAUACCCUGUAGGCCCUCUUAUGUUAAUACAGCGGGGGCAGGACCGUUGGAUGGACAUGGACCGCGGAAUAUGAUGAUUGUUACUGGCAAGGAUGGGAUGGGGAAUUGGUGGGUGCAGAUUUUUGCCAGGGAGGAGGUUUGGGGGAAGAUCGGGGAAUGGACGAGAGAGCAGGAUGUGCAGGAUAUGAGUUUAUAG